AAGAAACUUUUACAGUCAUUGUUGAUUUGACUCUUACGUUGAUCCCCGAAAUCAAAAGAAUUCUGAGACUGAUGAUUGGUCAUACAGAAGAAUACCUUGAACCUAUAGUGUUCUGAAGAAUCAGUUCAAAAGAUCCAAAAAGUACAAAAGGAGAAGUACAAAUGUCUACCACAAGACGAAAACGUAAUAUGUUAUGUUGUUUACCGUAAGCUGUAGUAAAAUGAGCUCAAUUGUUGACAGAGAUGAUAGUAGUAUUUUUGAUGGGCUGGUGGAAGAAGAUGACAAGGACAAAGCAAAAAGAGUAUCUAGAAACAAAUCCGAAAAGAAACGAAGAGAUCAAUUUAAUAUUCUCAUUAAAGAACUGGGAUCCAUGCUCCCUGGUAAUGCUAGAAAGAUGGACAAAUCUACUGUUCUGCAGAAGAGUAUUGAUUUCUUACGAAAACAUAAAGAAAUCACUGCACAGUCAGAUGCUAGUGAAAUUCGACAGGACUGGAAACCUACAUUCCUUAGCAAUGAAGAGUUUACCCAAUUAAUGUUAGAGGCUCUUGAUGGUUUUUUUUUAGCAAUCAUGACAGAUGGAAGCAUAAUAUAUGUGUCUGAGAGUAUAACUUCAUUACUUGAACAUUUACCAUCUGAUCUUGUGGAUCAAAGUAUAUUUAAUUUUAUCCCAGAGGGGGAACAUUCAGAGGUUUAUAAAAUACUCUCUACUCAUCUGCUGGAAAGUGAUUCAUUAACCCCUGAAUAUUUAAAAUCAAAAAAUCAAUUAGAAUUCUGUUGUCAUAUGCUUCGAGGAACAAUAGACCCAAAGGAGCCAUCUACCUAUGAAUACGUAAAAUUUAUAGGAAAUUUUAAAUCUUUAAACAGUGUAUCCACUUCAGCACACAAUGGUUUUGAAGGAACUAUACAACGCACACAUAGGCCUUCUUAUGAAGAUAGAGUUUGUUUUGUAGCUACUGUCAGGUUAGCUACACCUCAGUUCAUCAAGGAAAUGUGUACUGUUGAAGAACCCAAUGAAGAAUUUACAUCUAGACAUAGUUUAGAAUGGAAGUUUCUAUUUCUAGAUCACAGGGCACCACCCAUAAUAGGAUAUUUGCCUUUUGAAGUUCUGGGAACAUCAGGCUAUGAUUACUAUCAUGUGGAUGACCUAGAAAAUUUGGCAAAAUGUCAUGAGCACUUAAUGCAGUAUGGGAAAGGCAAGUCAUGUUAUUAUAGGUUCCUGACCAAAGGGCAGCAGUGGAUUUGGCUUCAAACUCAUUAUUAUAUCACUUAUCAUCAGUGGAAUUCAAGACCAGAGUUUAUUGUUUGUACUCACACUGUAGUAAGUUAUGCAGAAGUUAGGGCUGAAAGGCGACGAGAACUUGGCAUUGAAGAGUCUCUUCCUGAGACAGCUGCUGACAAAUCUCCACUGGUGGCUCUCCCAGUGUCAGUGCAGUUGAGUGUCUGGUGGGCUGCUGGCACGGUGGCUGUGGCCACUGCUGUGACAUUGAGCCUCUUUUGUGGCAGCUAUGGUGGACCACCCCCCAUAGAAAUAGUGUUUUCACUAAAUACAUUUCAUAAGGCUAUAGCUGUCAUAAGCUAUGAUUCGUCUGAUGGAUCUGAAGAACCAACACCAACAAAGAUUCCAGUGGAUACUAGCACUCCUCCCAGACAGCAUUUACCAGCUCAUGAAAAGAUGGCACAAAGGAGGUCAUCAUUUAGUAGUCAGUCCAUAAAUUCCCAGUCUGUUGGUUCAUCAUUAACACAGCCAGUGAUGUCUCAAACUACAAAUUUACCAAUUCCACAAGGCAUGUCCCAGUUUCAGUUUUCAGCUCAAUUAGGAGCCAUGCAACAUCUGAAAGACCAAUUGGAGCAGCGGACAAGGAUGAUAGAGGCAAAUAUUCAUCGGCAACAAGAAGAACUAAGAAAAAUUCAAGAACAACUUCAAAUGGUCCAUGGUCAAGGGCUGCAGAUGUUUUUGCAGCAGUCAAAUCCUGGAUUGAAUUUUGGUUCUGUUCAACUUUCUUCUGGAAAUUCGUCUAACGUCCAGCAACUUACAUCUAUAAAUAUGCAAGGCCAGGUUGUUCCUGCUAACCAGAUUCAAAGUGGAAUGAAUACUGGACAUAUUGGCACAACUCAGCACAUGAUACAACAGCAGACUUUACAAAGUGCAUCAACUCAGAGUCAACAAAAUGUACUGAGUGGGCACAAUCAGCAAACAUCUCUUCCCAGUCAGACACAGAGUACUCUUACAGCCCCACUGUAUAACACCAUGGUGAUUUCUCAGCCUGCAGCCGGAAGUAUGGUCCAGAUUCCAUCUAGUAUGCCACAAAACAGUACCCAGAGUGCUGCAGUCACUACAUUCACUCAGGACCGACAGAUAAGAUUUUCUCAAGGUCAGCAACUUGUGACCAAAUUAGUGACUGCUCCUGUUGCAUGUGGGGCCGUCAUGGUACCUAGUACUAUGCUUAUGGGUCAGGUGGUGACUGCUUAUCCUACUUUUGCCACACAACAGCAACAGUCACAGACAUUGUCAGUAACACAGCAGCAGCAGCAACAGAGUUCCCAGGAACAGCAGCUUACUUCAGUUCAGCAACCUUCUCAGGCUCAGCUGACCCAACCACCACAGCAAUUUUUACAGACUUCUAGGUUGCUCCAUGGGAAUCCUUCAGCUCAGCUCAUCCUCUCUGCUGCAUUUCCGCUACAACAGAGCACUUUCCCUCAGUCACAUCACCAGCAACACCAGUCUCAGCAACAGCAGCAACUUAGUCGGCAUAGGACUGACAGUCUGACCGAUCCUUCCAAGGUUCAACCACAGUAGCAUACGUGCUUCCUCUCUGACAUAAGGGGAAGAAGGGGAUGGCCCAUAAAGAGUUGCUCAGAUGACCUGAGGAUAGGAGGAAAAGUUCCAGCAGUUUCAUGAGAUGCAGUAUUGAGUGUUCUAGUUCCUGGAUUAGCUUACAGGAAAAAUGCUGCCUAGUGCUACAGAUAUAAUUAUACCAGCUGGCAGGAGAUGAUCAUAGGGACAUAGCCAAUUCUGACAGUGUUUCAGUUGCCCAGAUAUUUUUUGACAGAAAGAGUAUAUUUUGCCAAAUGUUAAGAAGCUCAGCUGUGAAACGACCUCCAGUGAAUCAGAAAGGCACUAACAAUGUUAGUAACUUUUAGUGGUACUGUGCUUGUUAUCAAGUAUUAUAGAGGACACACCACUGCCAUGUCAGGGGUUUACUUUCAAUGAUGCCAUGAAGACAGUCCAGUAGAUUUGGUAGCCCCCCAACCCAUUACCCUUUCAGAUAAUGAUGGAACAGUAAUUACUUUCAGAAUGUGUAGGUUCAAAUUCUCUAUGUACAGAUGCUGUAAAAAUACGUAUAUGUAUGGAUAAAAGGAGAGAAAGCAAAACAUUUUGUAUGCUGCAUGAAAGCAUUAUCUCUUCCUUAUAGGUAUGAGUCCAUUUCUUUAGAUUCUGACAUCAUGUGCAAACUGGUACAUCGUUUUUCCUUUUGUUUACAACACGAUAGUGUUCUGUUCACUUUUCCAGGGCACAGGUCCUUUUGUUCAUACUUUGGCUGUGAUGUCACAGUUUGUUCGGUGAGGUAUAAUGUGCUGCUGGGAAUGGAUUUUUUUUUUCAGGUUAGAUUAUUGAUACAGCAGGAUUUUCAAGUUAUUCAGAAAUAUCCCUCAUUUCAUUAGUUUUCAAUUAUGUUUGAAAAUAGUAUUUGCACUGCUUUAAAUUAGAUGGUUGGGAGUUCUGAUCACAUAUUUUGAUAUAGUUCAUAGUUGGAAAUAUUUGUAUAAAUGGUUUUCAAUAAGCCUGAAAGUACUUUCAAGAAUGUUUCAGUUGUAGAAGUAAAAUUUGCACACAAAACAUUUUAGGCACUUUUUAACAUUCUCAAUGGUGGGAAUUUUAACUUUUAGGAUUUGUUGGAAUCUUUUUAUUAUCCUUCACAAUUUCAAUGCUUCUUUUAGUCAGAAAUGAUUCAGGGUUAUUUGAGGGAAAAAAAACCCAUAGUGCCUUGAUUUAAAUUCAGGUGAUAACUCACCAUCUUGAACUCAUUGUCUGGUUUCAGUAGCAGUUUUGAAACCUUAGUACAAAAUUAACAGCAUGUGGGUCUCAGUGUCAUUAUUCUCCUAAGUUCUUAUGAAGACUGCUAUGAGUUUUUUGGAGUGGAGGCACAAAUAAUGUAGAAAUAAAAGGUGAAAAACUAACACUAUCACAGUUAUUAAUGUGAUCCCCAAAUUGUUUCAUACAUCAGCAUCCUCCCUUAAAGCUAAAUAGUCAUUUGAGAAUUGUCACUAAAUAUUUUCUCAAUAUGAUCUUUAUAUUCCUACAAAGAAAAAAAGGGGUAGGAAUUGGCUUUGCCUUCACUACAACACUAGAAUACUAUAACUCACAUGCUUUCUAAACAUGAACUAUGAUUUCACUCGUCAGUAUCAUAUUCUAAAGUUAAUAAGUUCCAACAAAUACAAGUUACAUACGUUUAAAAAAGCAUUUUUUAGAUUUGAUGGUACUAAUGAAAUUUACAACUAUAGAACAAAAGAUUAAUGGAAAAUAUCUUAUUAGAAUAUAAAAAAUUAUUACUGAGGAAGGAGAAAACAACAAGCAUAAUAAAUCAAAAUUGGUCUUAAAAGAAAAUGUGUAAGAGUUGAGGUUAUUAAACAGAAAAAAUUUUGAUCAGUGAAAAUGACCUAAUGUAGAUUGCUAGAUUAAGGGGUCAGGGGAAUGCUAAGUCAGUUCUUAAGAAAGAUUUCUGUCCUUAGUUUUGCUAUCAUCCUGAAGGAACACACUUUAUCUUUCUGUAGAAAACUAUAUCUGACCACAAUUAAAUUAGAAAAUUAAUGUUGAAAAAGAAAACCACCAAAGAAAAUUAGUACCUACCCUUCUACAAAAGAAGUGUGACGAGAUACGAGUCAAUAAUUAACAUAUCAAGAAGCUCUUCUUCUAGCUAAAUGAUCUUCCAGAAAAGAUUUCUGACAUUCCCAUGAAUAUCAAGAAUAGUUAUCAGAAUAUGUAUGUACCUGAUCAUACAUAUAUGUAGAAAAAAAUUGCUGCUGUGGAUUAUGGCAACAGCAUUGUUUUUCUCCUUUCAAAUUGCCUUUCUUGACCUAAAUGCCAUUCCAUAUAUAUCUGAGUUGUGCCUCAUUUAUUUAUUGGCAAUACCUAGUGAUAUGGAUUUAGCUAACAAAAGAUAUGGAGACGGGUUAUAUUUAGGCUUAUCCUGUAAGUACCAUACUUUAAAUAAAGAUGGUGAACUGUUAGAACUGUGUACUUAGGUUAACAGAAGCAACACAUAAAACAAGCCACCAGAUAAACCUGUAAAUGCUUACUCACAUCCUCCUACUCCAGCCCCUUCAGGUAUUUUUCAUCUUCACAAAUAUUUGGGAAAGAAAGUUAAACUGACUUUUCCUUUAUAAUUCCUGUUGUUCUUCACAGUUCAUUUCUUUCCUGCUUGGAAUUGACAGUUGGCUAAAUUUUAAAAAGCAGCAAGCUGCUUUUCCUUUGCUAUCAUUACGAAGCAUUGUUAGAAGAGCUAGUAAGCACCAGCUACCUUUUAGCUCCUUCUUUACCUUUGUUUUCCUUUUGCUACUCCUGAAUUUGGGUUGCAAAGCUGGCCCUGCCCCCUCCACUAAGACUUGAGCGUUCAGAUGCAGAUUCAGCAAUUGCCUAUUCUUCAUUUCUGUAGCCAAAGUUAUUAAUUAAACUUCCAAAUCUAAAUCUUAAGAUACCAAAUAGGAACACCUUUCAGCUUCUUAAAAAUCUUACCUUCCCUGUGCUUUUACUCUCACAGGUAUUCAGUUUUAUUCUUAAAAACAUUUUAUUCUUGGUGGCACUUUUUAGGUAAGAAACUGUUGAGCUUAUUUAGGUAAGAAACUGUUGGAGUUAAAGAAAAUGCUAGCUACUCUGCAGUUGGGUAUCUUGCUUUGGACAGCUGGGGCAUUGGGUGAGUCAGUAUUGUUUAACAAAUACAAGUGAGACUGCAAGGAUUAGUAAAUUUACUGCCAAGAGUGGUAUCAAACCAGAACCUAGACACUUAAAAGUACUCCAUUUUCUGAGUGGAAAAUACUGGAGGACAAGUAAAUGUGGGGAUGGGAGUAGCACGUAAGUAAAUACAACAGUUCAGUCUCCAAACUCCAUUCCUAUAUUGAGGCAAGAGUUGAAAAGUGCUAUGCUCUGUUUUGUCACUUAAAAUCUGGCUUAGGAAUAUACAAGUGAUAAAAGGAUGCCAGUGAUUUUGAAUAGUUUGUUAUAGAAUACUUAGUACAGAAGAGUGAAAAUGUUGUUUGAAUUCUUCAGAAGUGCUGUAGUUGUUGGUCAUUGCCUUAAAGCAGUCUGCUUGAAGUUAGGCGCACUGGAGCAGUCCAGUUCUUUAAAGGGCAUUGAGUUAAAGGGAGAUGAACCCUAGUUCAAGAAGCCUUAGAAAGGGCUCUUUAUAAUAGUACAAUACAGGCAGGUGAAAUUUCUUUUAAGCUAGAUAUUACUCAGUGAGUUUUAAAAUGUUACCACUAUUUUGAGGCAAAUUUUUUAAAAGUUGGAAUGCAAAUAGCAUUUUACUUUUUUCUUUGUAUUUCUUUGGUGAUUGACAGUUUGUUGAUGAAUAUUUGUGUACAAGUCAUUCAAGUCUAUAACCUUUCCAAUUAAUUAUCUGUGGCCCUGUUCUUAGUCCCACAGGAGUCCUGUUGGAAGGUAUAAACACUGGACAUUAAUAUUGCUGAGUGAGUCUAGCCAGGAAUAAGCUGAUUGGAAUUUUUAAAUGGUAGAGAAGAAACAGCACAAAGGCACUUGCCAUUUUAAUAAUGAUUGGAGAAAGAGAACCUUUUAAGUUUGUUUGGAUUGGGUGAGUAUUCUAAAAGGAGCUUGUGAAGUAAUUGCAAAGGAAAAGAGUCGACUAUUUUUAUACCAUAUUUAAUAUAUUUGUAUAUAACUAUGAGUAUAGUAGGAACCCUCCACACGCCUCCCACUUUUCUAAUUUACUUCCCCCUUUUGCCAUAGCUCUAGUAUAGCCUCAUCCGCAUGGGUAAUGUGCCUAUCGUCAGCCUACCAAAAGAUAGUGCUGCUGCUUUUUGAGACAGGUGAGAAGAACCAACUCUCAUGCCUGGGGAUCCUUUGUGGGAGGAAUAGCACACACUUUUAAAACAACAUACCACAGUCUAAAAGCAUCAUUUUGAAAUGUAAGAAGCACUUUAUUUAAUUAUUCAUUUUUGAUAAAGUUUAUUGUCUUAGGCAUUAACCAUUUCUAAAGGAUCCCCAAAUCAUCACUUAGGUGAAAUUAUAAAAUGAUACAUUUCUGAGAAAUGUGUAGAUCCAGUGAACCGUAGUAGGUUUAUGGGAGCGAUUUCAAGGUAGCCAAAUGAACUUUGACUUUUGUUUUGAAUGUGGUGAAGUCAGGAGAUUGUAGAUGCCUAGUUCCAUUUAAACACUAUUGUAAACCUAUCUUGCCUAUUGUGUGGACACCAAAAGAGACCAAUGAGCCUGUUUGUUUUCAGAGGUCUAGGAAAAUUGCAUCUGUGUGCGUAGAUAUACAGAACUAAUCUAAAAGUGAUUGGUAGUAAUAUUUUAGAAUACAAUAAUUUCAAAAAUUAUUCUAAGUGUUUUAAAUGUGCCCUGAAAUGUUGGCAUGUCAUUUCAGCGUUUCCAUUUGAAUUGCUCUUGUAAUAUUUUUGCACAAGGAGUGAGAAAAAGACUACUUUGGUUAAAGGAGGGGAAAAAAAAGUAUAAUUUGGUCUUAAUGUCUCCUGUGUAAACACUGGAGAUAAAUUUUGUUGGUAUAAGUUAUUAAUUCAGGAUAUUUAAAAGUGUUGAACAGCUUACAAGAAAUUAAGCAAACCUGGAUUUUAAAAAUUAAAGUAUUUUCUUUUCAUGUGAUUGUUUUGCAUAUUUUUUUCCCUAUGUCAUAACACUACAUUCCUUGUUUUUCUUAAAUAAAUACUUUGCGAGUUUUGUUUUGAGUACUUAACAAUAUUUUGUAAACUGCCCUGGGUUUUCCCAGGGAAACAUUCUUUAGAGAAAUAGGAUAUAGUUUAUGAAGAGACUAUUAAGUGAAAUUCCAUCACCACCACCAGCAAACAUUGAGGUGCUGCAUUAAGUGACAAUCAAAACAGUAAGUUUUUAUGAAAGAGUUAGAAAGUGGUCGAAAGGAACAAUUGCUUUGAAAGCAGUUCUCUGGAUUUCUCGAAUAAAAAUGGCUAAAUGUAUUUA